AUGCAGCAACGGUUCAUGCUCUCCGUGGCGGUGGCGGCCGAGUUCCGCGACUACCUGGGCGACUUCAUCGAGCACUACGCGCAGCUCGACCCGGCGGCCACGGACUCGGACGCCGGCUUGGCCUCAGACGAGCCGCGGCGGGCGCUCAAGAACGAGUUCCUGGCAAAGGUCUUCUCAAUAGUGGACCUACAGCAUGCCUUCUUUUCCUUGCCCCUGCACCAGGUCAGUCAGUCCCUCUUCGCCUCCACCUACAACGGACAACACUUGUUCGAACAACGUGAGAGGGAAAGGGAGAGUACGCAGCAACGGUUCACGCUCUCCAUGGCGGUGGCGGCCGAGUUCCGCGACUACCUGGGCGACUUCAUCGAGCACUACGCGCAGCUCGACCCGGCGGCCACGGACUCGGACGCCGGCUUGGCCUCAGACGAGCCGCGGCGGGCGCUCAAGAACGAGUUCCUGGUGAGGGAGAACCGAAAAUACUACAUGGACCUGAAGGAAAAUCAGCGCGGCCGCUUCCUGCGCAUCCGUCAGACCUUAAAUCGAGGCCCUGGCUUAGGGUGGACGCAAGGCAAGACCAUCGCCCUGCCGGCGCAAGGCCUGAUCGAGUUCAGAGACGACGAGCCGUGCGGCCAGGCCGUGCUGCCCGAGGGUACGUCCAUCACUGUGGACAGCAAGCGCUUCUUGUUCGACGUGGGCUCCAACAAGUACGGCGUGUUCAUGCGGGUGAGCGAGGUGAAGCCGUCGUACAAAAACUCCACCACCAUCCCGUACAAAGCCUGAUCCAAGUUCGGCAGCGCCUU